CUCGGCCCCGGCGCCGCCCUCAGUCCCCAGGCGCAAGCUGACUAGGGUGGUUGGGUCCGUUAGCUCGCCAGGCUGGCAGGCUCCAGGGCGCUACUCCACUGGCGGCCGGGAUGGAGACGAUGCGAACGCAGAGGCUGCAGCCUGGUGUGGGCACCAGCGGGAGGGGCACUCUCCGAGCGCUGCGGCCCGGAGUGACUGGGGCCGCGGCUGCCGCCGCCACACCCCCUGCGGGCCCCCCGCCUGCCCCGCCGCCUCCCGCACCGCCCCCGCCGCCGCUGCUCCUGUCUGGGGCCCCGGGACUGCCCCUGCCCCCCGGCGCUGCCGGGAGCCCGGCAGUGCUGCGAGAGGCCGUGGAGGCCGUGGUGAGGAGCUUCGCCAAGCACACGCAGGGCUAUGGCCGAGGUGAGUCUGCGAGUCCGGCCUCCUGCGCGACACCCGCUGUAAGGGAGCCUUGCUCCCGCAGUCCUCCGGAUCGCUUUUCCUGGCAGGGAGCCCUCACAUGCAUUUCCUUUUGGGGAGUUUCCUUCUGGGCUACGCACACGCACAGACGCACACACAUACACUUUUGCCCCACAAAAGCUGAGGCCCGGAGAAGUGCUGCAAAGAUUGCGCUAAUGAAUUCUGUGUUUAAUGAACAUCCUUCCCGAAGAAUCACUGAUGAGUUCAUUGAGAAGAGUGUCUCUGAGGCCCUGGCAUCUUUCAAUGAGGUGUUGGCUCAUUAUUCACACCGGGCCCUGGAUGAUGAUAUUCGCCACCAAAUGGCCUUGGACUGGGUGAGCCGGGAGCAGAGUGUGCCGGGGGCACUGUCUAGAGAGCUGGCCUCCACUGAGCGGGAGCUGGAUGAAGCUCGACUGGCAGGCAAGGAGCUGCGCUUCCACAAGGAGAAGAAAGAUAUUCUCAUGCUGGCUGCUGGGCAGUUGGGCAAUAUGCAUUCUUCCAACUGCUAGGCAUCCACCCGCAUACUCGCCAUCCUUUCCACAGCCUUUUUUGUAUGUCUCCUUUCUAAGAUUUAGGAUGAUUUUUUGUACAUACUUUCUCAAUUUUAUACUUAAAUAUAUAUAUAUAUAUAUAUAUGUAUGUAUAAAUUCUACACCUAGAUUCCUAUUUGCUAAGAGAUCCCUUUUCUUACUUCCAGUUUUUGGAUGCAGUUUUAUUUGCAACAUCUUUACUCCACUUUACAAGAAAGAGCAGGUUGUCUUUGAAGCUCUAUUAGCUCUUAAACUUCCAAAUUACCUCUGUAGUCAUUUCAGUAGCACUACCAGAUUAACUC